GACAUGGCAUUGCAUCGAGUUGUUCUCGUCGUCGUAAUCAGCUUGCUGAAUCUCCAGAGCUCCCUCCAACAAACCAAACCACCAUCUCUCACAGAUAUUAAGUGUGGUGACAAAAAGGAGUUCAAGGCGGGUGAUUGCGCAGCUGCAUACCGCAAAAUUAACUACGACAAAGAUUCAACCCUCGACAUAGGUGAGAGUAGUGUUGAAAGGAGUUCUGAAAGCUGCAUUACGCGCAUCAACAAUCCAAAAUUCAUGAAUGUCCCCAAGACAACAAUUGAAAAUGGCUUUGACCAAAUUUUAGCAAAAUGUAAUGGUUAUGCCGGUAGUGCCACUCUCCCAGGUUUUAAUGGGGUUCGCUUGUUCACCAGUCACCAUGUUGGCCCGGAUUUUCGUUCCUAUGAUGAUUAUAAGGAGUUCAACCAAAUGAUCUGUAACGGUGAUUACCCCAAAGGUGCUAAGGUAUUGAAGGAAGAUUGUAUGGAGGCCUACAGAUUGAUCCCUACCAAUGCUGCGGGGCACUUUGUGUCCCUCAACCACCAUGUACCCACAAGUACAAUCAUGUCGGUGGCCAAAAAAUGUAAUGCCGCCAUAUGGACAUCUGAUGGAUCAAAGAUUAUGUUGUUGAAGACCGAUAUCGACAAAAUUUUUGGAAAGAUGAUGCAAGAAUGCCCCAUCUGGGGGGGUCACUUCCUGACCAAAGGAGCUUCAGGGAAAAACGGGGUAGUCAUCUUUCAGGUUUGGGGCCGUGUGUGAAAAACAACGACUCAUCUUAGCUUUCCAAUUUGACCACAAUUUUACAACAUUCCCAUUUGUUCAACUGGCAAUAGCCAUUUUGUUUCAGGGUCCAAGGUGUUGUUUUGAAAUUCUAUCAUCCUUACCUUUUUUUUUGCAGCAGAGGACAUACAACAUAUUUUCCAACAUUUGUAAAUAGAUUGAAAUAGCACUUAAAGAAUUGUAAAAUUUUGGACUCUGGAAAGUUACUUAGAUACAUAUAAUGUUAAGGACUGACAAC